AUGGCGAUCGACAUCCCGCCAGAACAACACGCUGCCCUCCUCAGUGUUACGAUGUUCCCUUGUGAAUAUUACGACAUGGGCCUAUUCUGGAGGGCGGGCGAGACCCAUGACCCGGUUUGGCUUUCCAUGACCAUGCCCUUCCCAUUCCCGGCUAAAGCGUCACUUGGGAACCUCUCAGCCUUACCGACCGAGAUCGUCGGGAUGAUCUGCUGCACCAUGGACGUCCACUCCUUGUUCCGGUUCCGUCAAGUCAACCGACGUGCCCGCGCUAUUGUCUCGGAGAUCCCACAGUACCGCAAAAUUACGACCUGUGCAAUCGAGACAUUUCAUGCCCUGCUCUUCACCCGCAUUGCCGCCCACUUCGAUCUUUCUCAAUUCUACGACACGUUCCGUGCUAGGGACUGCCACGUUUGCGGCUACUUUGGGAACCUCCUGUUCCUUCCCAACCUGCGGCGAUGCUGCUACACUUGUCUCAUGACGUCUAAGCAACUGCACGCUGCGAGUUUGUACGAGCUGUCGAACCUCUACCCAUUAUCAGAAGAAGAGUUGGGCCGCAUCCUGCCAGUAGUCCACUCUGCCCCAGGAAGAUACUUUGAGGAUGAUGGGGUGAUGAGAACGCGCAGGAAAGUGGUCAGCGUGGUUGACUCCAUGCGCACCUUGCAUAAGCUCGGCAUCAAGCAACGUGCAGAACCUCGACGUCGGUCUUUUAGGGACGUCAUCAACUUCCCCGACCUAACGGCGCUCAUGACGACAGUUCACUUUCCAUAUCUUGAUCGCGCCACAGACACACUCGAGUUCGGCAUGCUGUGCAUUGGCUGUGGUAACGCUCUUAAGUACUGCAAAGUGGGAGACAGGCUGUGGGCUGAGCGACACCACACCUACACAACACAGCAGUUCCUCGAACACUUCCAAUCCUGCCGUGAGGCUCAGGAGCUCUGGAGGACCCGUCGUGGGCGCACCGAUUGCAGCAGCGGCUGA